AUGGGUCGUUGGGGAUUCCGUCUUUUCGAGGGCGACGAAGACCUCGACAUCGUCGCCGCCAUCAGAGAAACUUUUGGUGAUGGUCCUGAGCAGCUCAAUCUCUAUCUCAUGAUCAACCAGUCCGACAUGUUGGCUCCUGUGGAAACAAGAGAGGUCUACAAGACCGAGGAACACGCACAGGUCCUCCGCGCCCUCAUCACAGAAAUCCGAGGAAGGCUUGACUCCGGAGUCGGUGACGAGCUUUUCAAGAAGUAUCGAGCUCUCGAGCAUGAGCAUCAAGGCCAGUAUCGCACCAUUGUGAUCGGCGCCUUGAUGAUGCGUGCUGGAGCAAAGAUCAAGGCCGAGGACUUGCAGCAUCUACACAACCUCGUUCCCAAGAUACCUUGCCAGUAUCGCUUUGCCUUGCCGAUUGUGGACUUUGGCUUCCGUGACCCUGGUAAGGCGCACUGCUUCCAUUGCGGCAAGAUUCACACAGACCACGGAAUCAACCUGAAGAAGUGCGGCCACUGCCAGACCGCUUGGUACUGCGGCAUCAACUGCCAGAGGGCCCAUCGAAAAAUCCACAAGGUUUCCUGCAAGACUCUUCGGGAGAAGAUUCUUGUCAAUGUCUAG